CUCUGUCUCUCGCAAAACUCAAGCCGACAAUCCAUCCUCUAGCCUUUUCGUCAGCUCACACGAAUCACACAUCACUCAGAUGCCAUCAUGACGGCAGGAAAUCGUUGGUCCGGCUCUUCUUCUUCAAAUCCUCCGCCACCCAUCCUGCCACCAUCAUCCGCCAUCGACGCGAACCAUCCAGAUGCAGGUGAAUGGUCGCAUCAGCAACAGCAACAGCAACAAGAACAUCAUCCUCGACCUCAUCCCAAUCUGCCUUCAUUCGACAGCACCAAUGCCUAUCCAUACCGACCUUUUCAAGAUCGACAGCUGGCUCCGUUGGCCUAUCAGCAUGUCAACGACGUGAACCAGGGAAACCUGACCCUGCCGUCGAUCUCGCAUUCGCACAUGUCCACGGGCGGGUCAGGCGCAUCGCGAUCGCCUUUUGGAAGUUCGGAUGCGCUGGCUUCGUCGUCAUCCUCCAUAUCGAGGUUCUCUCGGCAUGGCGGCGAGACCUCGUUGGAGCCACUCGCUCGUCCGCAACACGAUGGCGCAUCGACGACGUAUCCUUUACAACCUUUUCCCACGUCCGAUGCGUUUCACCCUGGAACUACGUUGCCACGACCUGGUUCGAGCCAUGAGAAUACCCAUGUAGGGUUUGCAAACCUGCUCAGUGCAGAGAGAGGCGGGAUCGCUCAAUUCGAGUCGAGACGAGGCGGAGAUGCCGCAGGUCGGGGUCAGAGUCAGGGUCAGGAUCAGACCGCUCAGUCUGUCAUGCACACCCCGAGCGUAGUCGGAUACGACGCCGAACUCAAGAGGAAACGAUUCGAAGACGAAUACACCGACACGAGUAGGACACGAUUACCCGCACUGCCUGGAUUGUCGAUGAAUACCCUGCCGCCUUUGCCGCCGGGAUUCGCGCCUAUGCCGAGAGGAAGAUCACGGUCGCCUCUGGUCGGCUCAUCGUCAUCCCAACAACCUCGUGACCAUCAUCACCAGCAGCAGCAGCAGCAGCAAGCAACACAGCAAACAGUUAACCAUCGAGACGCCACCCGAUCGGGGUUUCACCUAGUCGGGCACGAUUCGGCCGAGGUCGAUCAGUUAGAUAUGGAAGUAGAUGGAACGGAACGAGGCGAGCCCUACACCACGGCGAGUGAGUUGGGGCAGAACAAGGAGGAUGCGAGAAAGGAAAAAAAUCGGGAUAAGCAGAGGAGACUACGAAUGAGACGCGCCAAUCAGCUACAAUCUCUGGAAACCACCGUCAAUACACAAGACAUCGAGAUCAAGCGGCUCUCUGAGCGAUCACACAUCUCUGAAGAUCGUACCCGUCAUACUCGGGCGAUCUUUUCCGACUGGGUAGAUGCGCUCGAAAACCGUCUCAAAGAUUUGGGCGAACCGGAAGCCGCUAUCGAGAAUCUGAGGAAUCAGUAUCUCGGUCCGCUCAACGCGUACAACCCAGAGUUUGGUGAUACCGAUUCGCCGUUUGGGGGGACGAGCAUGAGCAAGUCGGCUUCGUCUAGUAACAGGAUCAGCUUUAGCAAAGACGCAUCGGAUAGCGCUUCAACCGCGCCAUCUACGGACCGCCUUGCCCCGAUCAACGCGAGAAGUGCUCUCGCCUUGCCUGCCAAUAUCAAGGGAAACGACCAGUCCUUGUCCCCGCACGCCAUCGCCUCGCUCGUGACCCCGUCCGAACACCCUUCGCGCCUUCCUCAAUCAGAGACUCCCGAUGCCAAUCGUCUCGAUUACGGUGGACUGUUGCGAAAUCCUCCUUGGAACUGGAACCCCGAUACGGGGCAAUCAUCUCCAUACCAGCGCUCUUCAUAUCCCUCUUCAUCCCAACCACAGCAUGUGACCGAGCCCAACCCUGAAGCAGCUAUUAAGGCGGAACGCGAAGUUGAGUCUCGCUCAACACAACACGGGCAACAGAACGAUCGUCACGACGAUAGUCGUGAGGCUCCAGCCUUUACGACUGAAUACCUUGCGCGCCUUCAGGAAGGCGAGGUUUUUGAGAUGACGGAACCACAGAUCAGCGAGAUUGCUCGAGCUCUUACAAGGCAGAGACCCUCGGGAAGCAAGGCAGAUCUGGAAGCGCUAGGCCAGAACACGAUCGACAGUGCACCGCCUUGGCGGGAUGACUUCACCAGCGCACAGAUUCUACUACUGGGCCGUGCCCUCGGUAUGGGUUCAGAGCAAUCCCCUGACAUCAAAGAGCGUUAUGUUGAACAGAGGUUAUCGACAUUGAGCGAGCACGAGAAGGAGGUGUACAAGAAUUGGACGAGGAGAAAGGACCGGGAUCAACGCAUCGAACUGCUACCGGAUCCGGUGCUGAGGAUUCGCUUCAUCAUGCUGCAAGAAUCGAGAUCAAAGGGCAGCUCUAUCAUCGCCUUUCUGUCCGAUCUCCUUCACGAGGCAUUGUUCUUCGGACCGAUCUGGUUGACACACCUCUGUGAACUGGUAAGAAGCAUGCUCCAGCACAGGAGCUAUUCGCUGGAUGAAGAUCGAUACCGACCGUCUCUUCUGCCUUCUGCAUCAACAGCCUGAGAGUUUCCUCCGUCGUUGGAGCAACAUCUGGCCCAAAGAUGUCGACGCUGCAAAGCAUUGUGCUCAUUUUCGCAGGCGCGACAAUCUGACGGGUGCACGAGUCUUCGACAUCAUUCUGCAUUGCGAGUCUUCGAGAGCUCGGAAGAGAGCCGACGAAAUCGAUCUGGCCGCAUUUGCCAGCGACACAAACCCGUAACGACCAUCAAGCGAGCAAGCCCCUCUGCAUCAGGCGAGGCAAACAGGCCAAACCCUCCGCAUCGACUCAACCUGCAUUUCAAUUUCGAUUUCUAGAUCGUUUACACAUCGAAAUCAUUUCGAGCGGUCUAGUUUCAGA